AUGAGGACAUUUUUGUUGAUAUCAAAUGAGAAGACUGUUGAUAUUUUAGUGAAGGAUUUAUGCGGGAUCAGGGAAUAUAGUGGUGAUUUUUGUGUAAAUAAGGAGUUGAUAGCAUGUGAAAAGGGCGAGUCGUCGUGUUCUAGUACUGUCGAAGACAGAAACGAGUUUUUGGGCAGGUCGAAAAGAGCAAGUGCUAAGCCUUUGUUGUCAAAUGAGUGGGAGACAUACAUACAUCAUGUGGGGCAGAAGUUUGACGGUGGUGCAGAGGAGUUCCGGUUGAAAUUGUGCAACUGGCGUGUUUAUGCUUCUCGUUGUGAAGCUACUGGCAGGUUUGUAAUUCGGACGUUAAAUAAUGUUCAUACAUGUGCGGGUCGGAUACGGGAAUCAAAGAGUAAGAUGAUGAGGUCUCGUGUGGUGUCCUCCCUCAUUGUGGACAGAAUUCGUGCAAAACCCGAGCUGAAGCCAGUUGAGAUUAUACACGAGUUCAAAGAUUAUUAUGGUAUAGACAUUUCAUACUACCACGCAUGGUUUGGCAAAGAGUUAGCUAAAUUGGACGUUCACGGUGAUGAGUCGAAGUCCUUCAACGAGUUAGUGUCGUAUGCGGACGCCGUAAAGGAAACUAACACUGGUUCUCUCUGCACUCUUGAUUGUGAAGCUGGAAUUAAUCGCUUUCGACGAUUUUUUGUGUCUUUUGGCGGUUGCAUUGCUGGAUUUCAAUAUUGCAUACCCUUGUUGUUCAUUGAUGCUACGUUUUUGAAGAGCAAGUACAAGGGGCAGCUUCUCUGUGUUUCGGGAAAGAAUGGAAAUCAAGGGUUUUAUCCUCUAGCUUUUGGAGUUGUUGAUUCUGAGACAGAGGAGAAUUGGACUUGGUUUCUUCAACAUUUGGCUUUUAUAUUGCUACCGAUGGGGAGAGUGGUGACCUUUUUCUCGGACUGCAAUCAAGGUUUGUUAAAUGCAAUGGGGUUUGUGUUUCCCGGAUGGCCUCAUUCUUACUGUUAUUAUCACCUCAAACAGAAUUUGAUAUCAAAGUACCCAAAGUCAGGUUAUGAGAAACUGCUCCAAGACCGUGUUAUCAAUUUAUUUAGUAGAUGCGCAUAUGCUGUUACGGAGGAAGAGUUUAAGGUAGCAAUGGAGGAGUUGGUGAUUGUUGGGAGUUCGAAAGUGAAGGCAUUUAUAUCUGAUUUGUCUAGAGAUCACUAUGCCAACGCAUUUUUUCAAAGGAAUGCGUUAUGGGGAGAUGGCAAACAGUUUAGCGGAGUCCUUUAA